AUGGAAUAUAGAUUAGUUCUCAACAAUCGCCCUGAUGUUGAAAUAACGAACAAUGAUAUGAGCGGUAAAUUCCAUCAACAAUUGAAAUAUUAUAAGUAUCAUCGUGUUCCAUCAAGGAAUGGGAAAGCAAUUUCCUACCUUUUCUUUCGAAAAGAGGAAGAAACAUAUGCUGCUCUUCGAGCAGCAAAGUCAAUAAAAGAAAUAUCACUUGUUAUAUAUUAUCCAUCUAAUCAUAUUAAUUCAGAAUCUACAUUUCGACCAUUUCCACCACAACAAAUUACUAAUAUCUGUCGCUAUGCAUUUAUAAAUCGUCUUCAUAAUUUUUAUCAUGUGAUAUGA